AUGGCAGAGACAACCAAGAAAAAUGGGCACAUCGUGAUGGUACCCUUAAUGGCACAAGGCCACAUCAUCCCAUUACUCGCACUAGCAAGAAAAAUCCUACAGUCAACGACGAUCUUCACCAUCACCAUAGCCACCACCCCUCUCAACAUUCAACACCUUCGAUCUGCACUUUCUUCUUCUCCUUAUCAAAUCCGUCUUUCUGAGUUGCCAUACAACUCUACCCAACAUGGUUUGCCACCCAACACAGAGACCACCGAGAACUUAACUCCCACUCAAAUAAUCAAACUUUUUCGUUCCACACACGCCCUUGAAGCUCCUCUUCGCUCUCUGAUAUCGCAGAUCGCAGAAGAAGAGGGUCAUCUUCCACUAUGCACAAUAUCUGACUCUCUCUUGGGUUGGGUUAACAAUGUUGCAAAAAGCUUAGGCAUUAGGAAUAUAUGUCUCUCCUCUUCCGGUGCAUAUGGAACUUUGGCCUACUUCUCUAUCUGGGCCAACCUCCCUCACAGGAAAACACACUCUGAUGAGUUCUGGGUUCCGGGGUUCCCUCCAAACCACCGCUUCCACCGCACUCAAUUGCAUGGAUUUCUAAGAGAAGCUGAUGGCAACGAUGACUGGUCACAGUGUUUCCUUCCACAGAUUGCGCUUUCUAUGAAGUCUGAUGGAUGGGUUUGCAACACUGUUGAGGAAUUAGAGCCUCUGGGGUUGCAGCUUCUGAGGGACUACCUUCAACUUCCUGUUUGGGCUGUGGGGCCUAUCCUUCCAUCUUCUGCACUCGAGGGUUCAAAGCAUCGCACAGGAAAGGAAUCUGGCGUGACUCUUGAAGCAUGCAUGGAGUGGAUGGAUUUGAAGAAUGAGAAUUCUGUUGUCUACGUUUCUUUUGGGUCUCAGAACACGAUCAGUGCCUCCCAAAUGAUGGCGUUGGCCGAAGGGUUGGAAAAGAGUGGGAGAUCGUUUAUUUGGGUUGUGAGGCCACCUGUUGGUUUUGACAUUGAUGGAGAGUUCAAGGAAGAAUGGUUGCCAAAAGGGUUCGAGGAGAGAAUGAGAGACAGCAAGAAAGGGUUGUUGGUGCGGAAAUGGGCACCCCAGUUGGAGAUUCUGUCACACAAAUCAACAGGAGUGUUUCUGAGUCAUUGUGGAUGGAACUCUGUGUUGGAGAGUCUUAGCAAUGGGGUGCCAUUGAUUGGGUGGCCACUGGCUGCAGAGCAAACAUACAAUGUGAAGAUGUUGGUGGAGGAAAUGGGUGUGGCUGUGGAGCUCACUAGAACUGUGGAAAGUACCAUUUGUGGUGAAGAAGUGAAGAAGGUGAUAGAGAUAGUUAUGGAGAAAGAAGGGAAAGGAAAGAAGAUGAAGGAGAAGGCAAAGGAGAUUGCAUCUCAUAUGAGAAAGGCCAUAACAGAGAAAAGGGAAGAAAAAGGUUCUUCGGUAAGAGCAAUGGAUGAUCUUGUCAGGACCAUUCUAUCACCCAACUCUCUGUGA